CGCUGCCGCCGCCGCUGCUGCCGGAGUUGGAGGAGGGAGAAGCCAGGAAGAAAAUGGCGGCCGUAGCUGCAGAGGCGGCAGCGACUGCAGCGUCCCCCGGGGAGGGGGGCGCCGGCGAGGCCGAGCCGGAGAUGGAACCCAUCCCCGGCAGCGAGGCCGGUACUGACCCCCUCCCGGUCACGGCCACUGAAGCGUCUGUGCCGGAUGGCGAGGCCGACGGGCAGAAGUCUGUUCCUCAGGCCGACGAGCCGCCGCUCCCGCCACCACCGCCGCCGCCGGGGGAGCUCGCUCACAGCCCAGAGGCGGCAGGGCCAGAGCUGGAGGCUGAGGAGAAGCUGCCCGUUCGGGCGGCGGAGCCGGCGGCAGCCGCGCCUCAGGAAGAGCCCGAACUUCCACCUUCUGCACCGCUGCCCGAGCAGCCCCCAGCUCCGGAGGAGCGCGAGGAGACGCCGCUGUCUCAGCCCGCAGCACCGGCGCUCGUGCCGCCGGCGGGCGGGGACUCGGCGGUGUCGCAAUUGAUUCCGGGCUCCGAGGUGCGGGUCACGCUGGACCACAUCAUUGAGGACGCGCUCGUCGUGUCGUUCCGCCUCGGGGAGAAGCUCUUCUCCGGGGUCCUCAUGGACCUGUCCAAAAGGUUUGGGCCCCAUGGUAUCCCUGUGACAGUAUUUCCCAAAAGGGAAUAUAAGGAUAAACCGGAAGCCAUGCAGCUCCAAAGUAAUACAUUCCAGGAAGGGACAGAAGUCAAGCGUGAAGUGAAUGGUGCUGUUCCUGAUGACCCUUCUCCUGUCCCGCCUCCUGAGCUGAGCUUGGCUGAAAGCCUGUGGACUUCCAAACCACCACCUCUCUUCCAUGAAGGAGCACCUUAUCCUCCCCCUUUGUUUAUCAGGGACACAUAUAACCAAUCAAUACCUCAGCCACCUCCUCGGAAAAUUAAGCGACCCAAACGAAAAAUGUACAGGGAAGAACCCACUUCAAUAAUGAAUGCUAUUAAACUACGACCCAGGCAAGUCCUGUGUGAUAAAUGUAAAAACAGUGUUGUUGCUGAAAAAAAGGAAAUUAGAAAAGGUAGUAGUGCAAGUGACUCUUCUAAAUAUGAAGAUAAAAAACGGAGAAAUGAAAGUGUAACUACUGUGAACAAAAAACUGAAAACUGACCAUAAAGUGGAUGGGAAAAACCAAAACGAAAGCCAGAAAAGAAAUGCUGUGGUUAAGGUUUCAAAUAUUGCUCACAGCAGAGGCAGAGUCGUAAAAGUUUCUGCUCAGGCAAAUACAUCAAAAGCUCAGUUAAGUACUAAAAAAGUGCUCCAGAGUAAGAACAUGGAUCAUGCAAAAGCUCGGGAAGUGUUAAAAAUUGCCAAAGAAAAGGCACAAAAGAAGCAAAGUGAAACCUCUACUUCCAAAAAUGCACAUUCAAAAGUCCAUUUCACACGUCGAUAUCAGAAUCCUAGCUCAGGUUCCCUGCCACCCCGGGUUCGUUUAAAACCACAGAGGUACAGGAAUGAAGAAAAUGACUCUUCUCUGAAGACAGGACUUGAGAAAAUGCGGAGUGGCAAGAUGGCACCCAAGCCCCAGUCUCGUUGCACCUCUACCCGCUCAGCAGGUCUCAACAAAUGGCAGCUAUUACAUCAGACAGUGACGAGUCCUGCUGCUCCCUUACAGUGUCUGACAGACCACUGUGGAUUCAGUCUGGGAGCAUUGAAGUUAACAGUGAAACGGGCAGCACAAAGACAUUAGCAGGCUGCUGGUUUCAUGGACCUGUACCACAAUGACACAGAGAACACCAGAGCAUCAGGACUGAAUGAAAUUGGAGAUUUUUAAAGCUGCACUAAGAAGUAAAUGUUAAGGCAGUGGUUAAAACCAACAGUCUAUAAUGGGGCACUGGCACAUUGUGCUAUAUUAAACCGAAGAAAAGGUAUUAGGGAGUAUUCUAUAAAAAAUAAACUAUUGCAAUAAAUUAUGCAUGAGAUGAGGAGAAAAGUGAUGUGAAAUACACAUACAAGAACUCACUUGAAUUUUAUGUCUGAAGAAUCACUGACAGUAACUUCUUUUGAAUGUGAAGUUCUUAUCAGUACAGUUUGGACAUGCCUAAAAGGUAUGGGAUGAUGCAGAAAUGUUGAAUUAUUUUUCAUACUUAAAAUUUGUGCUUUCUCCAAGGUUUAUGUUAAUCAGUUCAGAUAUGAGGAAAGGUGUUUCUAAAAAGACUCUCUUAUGAAACAGCAAUAGUCAUGUGUGCCAAGGCCAAUGGUUUUUUCAGGGUCCAGUAGAAACAACAGAAAAGAGUAUCCAACAUCCCGCUGAAAGGAUGGCAGGUGCCCCACCCCACCCCCCAAACAAAAUUUGGAUCUUCUUUAAUAAAGCAGGGCUGUAUUAUCUUGAAUAUAUGUUUGCUUGUUAGAACAUAUUAAGAUGUAUUUAUUUGCCACUAGUAUUUAACAUUUUGUGCACAUUUUCAUAACUACAUUCUUUCAAAUUUUGAUUCAAAGUGGAUAGGCUAGUGUUGAUCUUGGAGUGAAAACAUACACUCUAAGAGCUAGUUAUUAAUUCUUCUGAGCUGGAAAGGCUUUUAUUAUUGUCUCUAUCCUUACUGAUUUUAUCUAGUUCAGAAAAGGUGACAAUAUCUAAAUUUUGAUGUGGACAUUUCUCCACAAAGAGCCCCUCCCCUUCUGGCUAAGUGCAAGAAAUCCUCACAGGUGUCAGGUAGGACUUGGUCCUGGGGGACAAGUGGCAGGAACAGAUCUGUAAAGACAGCGUCAAACUUUUCAUGCAUGGAGCAUGAAUUCUUAUUAAUAGAGAUUGUAAUUUUUUUUCUUGUCUUUGGUAAAUACAUAUGAAAAACAAUUUUUCUUUUUUAAUGAAUGGAGAAAACAUGAGAAAACCAGAUGGACCUGUUAGUACUACAUUUUUUAAGGCAUUUUAUAUUUGAUGGUGCCGUACUUUUAAUAAUAAUAAAACUGAAGUUUUUUAGUGGCAAUACUGAUUUAUUUUUUAAACUAGAAAGAUAAUCUGUAUUGAUUACUUAUUACAAAAAAAAGGAAAAAAAAAUGCCAAAAAAUAAAAAAACCAUAAAAUUCAUUUGAAGCAGCAUAACAAAUAACUGAGUACUUGGCUCAAGUAUUCAAACUUUCCAUAAUGUUACUGUAUAGGUUUGGAAUUUCCUAAUAACCCCAUGCUCAGGAUUAACAAAAGGUUCUGGGUGAGAGUUUUAGAAUAUUAAUAUUUAGUAUACCUGACUGAUUUAUUUUACAACUCAAAAAGAAAAGGCAGGCAGUCUUUCACCUAAUGAGCUUAAUGCAAAUUCUAAUUACACUACAAGUAAUUAAAAGUUUUGGUUGCAUUGUGAAAUUGUCUCUUUGGAAAGUUCCAUAUUGUAAAUUCAUUAUAUAUUUUAUCAAAUCAGAAAAAGUCAGCUCAGGAACCGAAGCAGCAGGGAGUUCUAAAGAUGACAUGUACUACAAAGGGCGCCCUUACUCUACAAGGCCCUUGAGCUUUGGCUUGGGUCUGUCUUGUUCUUUCAGAUACAUAAACACCAGCAGUACCUUUCAGGCUCACUUCAAGAACCAGAUAACGCCCAAGCCAUGGUGGACUUACACAUGGAUUGUAUAAUCAAGAUUUUUAAUUGAGCUUUAGAAUUCUUUAUUUGUGUAGAGUGAUGGAAAUGACCAAGAACUAAUAAUAUAAAGCAAAUGAAUUUGGAGAGAUCGGGUUUUAAGUAUCUAAAUAUUUUUUUUUCUCAUGAUAAAUUCUCACAGGUAUUUUGUUACAAACCAGAUUUUUCAUUUUUUAAAAAAUGAAACUUGGUGGUAUGUAAAAGCUAGACCUACCAUGUUGCUAUUUCACUUUCGUUGCUUUAGUUGCUUAAUAUUUAAGCUUUGCUUCAUGCUACCUUUUGUCUGUAUUUCAAAUCUUCAUAAGCCUAUUUUGUUUUGUAGACUUGAAUGAUAAAAAUUGUUUCUCAUCUUAAGUAUGCUCAGAGUUUUAAAUGUCAAAGAAUGUUGUGUAACAUUUAUCCAAUAAAGUCUUUGAUUUUUU